GCAUGAUUGACGCCUGCGAAUCUGAUUCCACCGCAAUUGUUCCCCACUCACCUUGUUUACUUUGGAGCUAAGCUUGGAGCCGGUCUCAAACCACAACCAACUAUACCUCGCGACUGUACAACUAACUUUCUACUCAGACUUCAGCAGACAAUACCAGAGCAGCAGCUCACCGUCAAAGCCUCGAGCAACCCCGCCACCGCCUACUUCGACACCCCACCCCCAAUACCAGACACCAACGAACCCAGAAAUUCGGCCUUUUGCCGAUAUAAUGGGUCGGGUCGCUUUUACCGAAGAUACAAAACUGCCCCAGGAUACCCAGAUCGAAGAGGAGCAAACCUCGGUGUUUGCUUAUCAAGAUGGCCCAGAGAACAAGUCCUGGGCGGGCGCGCUUCCCUUGAAGCAGGGUCUGUAUGACCCGGAACUAGAGAAAGAUGCUUGCGGUGUCGGUUUCGCUGCCCAUAUCAAGGGAAAGGCCAGCCACAAGAUUGUCUCAGAUGCACGAUCAUUGCUAUGCAACAUGACGCAUCGCGGUGCCGUGGGAUCAGACGCCCGAGAUGGCGACGGUGCAGGUGUAAUGACCUCCAUCCCCCACAAAUUUUUCCUCAAGGAGUUUGAGCGCGAGCAGGGCUACAAGCUGCCAGCGCUUGGCCAGUAUGCCACCGGUAACCUGUUCUUCAAGCCGGACGCUACAAUCUUGGAUGAGACCAAGGCCAUGUUCGAGGACGUUGCCGAUCAAAUGGACCUGAGAGUACUCGGGUGGCGAGUGGUACCACGCGACUCUACACUUCUUGGACCUGCCGCACUGUCACGAGAGCCCAUCAUUCUACAGCCAUUCGUAGUCUUGAAGACCGCAUAUGGCGAGGGCAGGGAGCCGAAGCCCGACUUCCAACAGACGUACGAUAACGGGUACUUUGAGCGACAGCUGUAUAUCAUGCGAAAGCGCGCAACACACGUUAUCGGUCUCCACAACUGGUUCUACAUUUGCUCCCUGAGCAACAAGAACAUUGUUUACAAAGGUCAAUUGGCCCCAGUGCAGGUUUACGAGUACUACCACGAUCUUCUAAAUGUCGAUUAUGAAGGCCACUUCGCAUUGGUGCAUUCUCGUUUCUCGACCAACACCUUCCCCAGUUGGGACCGCGCUCAGCCUCUACGAUGGGCUGCUCACAACGGUGAGAUCAACACACUGCGAGGAAAUAAGAACUGGAUGCGAGCACGCGAGGGUGUCAUGAAGUCCAGUCUCUUUGGCGACGAUCUUGACCUGCUCUAUCCUAUUGUUGAAGACGGUGGUUCAGAUUCUGCGGCUUUCGACAACGUUCUCGAGCUGCUAACCAUCAACGGUGUUCUCUCCCUCCCAGAAGCAGUCAUGCUCAUGGUUCCCGAGGCAUGGCAAGGAAACCACACCAUGGACCCCGCCAAGCAGGCCUUCUACGAGUGGGCCGGUUGCAUGAUGGAGCCCUGGGACGGUCCGGCUCUGUUUACUUUCUCCGAUGGCCGAUACUGUGGUGCCAACCUUGAUCGGAACGGUCUUCGUCCUUGCCGCUACUAUGUAACCGACGACGACCGUAUCAUCUGCGCUUCCGAAGUCGGUACCAUCUCUAUCGAGCCCGAGCGCGUUGUACAGAAAGGCCGUCUGCAGCCUGGUAGGAUGUUGCUGGUCGAUACUGUCGCUGGGCGAAUCGUCGAUGACGCCGAGUUGAAGAAGACUGUCGCAGAGCGAAAUGACUUCCGCGCGUGGGUCGAGAAGAACCUCCUGACUCUCCCCAAGAUCCUAAAGGCAGUCGCUGAGAAGGGUGUCGAUCUCUCACACACCCUUACUGAGAGCAAGCUCCACGAAGAUCCCAGCCUACGAGCAUUUGGGUACUCGCUUGAGCAGGUCAGCUUGAUCCUGGGUCCCAUGGCUGCCGACUCCAAGGAAGCUCUUGGGUCCAUGGGUAACGAUGCUCCUCUUGCAUGCUUGGCCACCCAACCUCGUCUACUCCCCGAGUACUUCCGCCAGCUCUUCGCUCAGGUCACCAACCCUCCAAUCGAUCCCAUCCGCGAGGCGAUCGUCAUGUCUCUGGAGGCUUACGUUGGACCCCAGGGUAACCUUUUGGAGAUGGAUGAGUCGCAGUGCGGCCGUAUGCUACUGCCAUCGCCUGUUCUGUCUCUCGAAGAGUUCAAGGCCAUGACCAAAACCUACAAGCUGCACCCUCAGUGGACGGUCAAGACUAUUGACAUCACCUUCGCCAAGAGUGAAGGUAUCGAUGGCUACACGAACGCUCUCGAUCGCAUCUGCGAGGCCGCUACCGAGGGUAUCAACGCUGGCGACAGCAUCAUUGUCUUAACCGAUCGUGCUGCCAAUGCUGAUCGCGUAGCUGUCUCUGCCAGCUUGGCCACUGGUAUGGUGCAUCACCACCUCGUCCGCAACAAGUGGCGCUCGAACGUCGCCCUUGUCGCUGAGACCGCCGAGGCCCGCGAGGUUCACCACAUGUGUGUCCUCGUCGGGUAUGGUGCUGAUGCCAUUUGCCCGUACCUCGCUAUUGAGUGCAUCCUCAAGAUGCACCGCGAGGGCCUCAUCCGCAAGAAGCUCAGCCCCGAGCAGCUUAUCGACAACUACAAGCAUUCUUGUGAUGGUGGCAUCUUGAAGGUCAUGAGUAAGAUGGGUAUUUCUACCAUUCAGUCAUACAAGGGUGCCCAGAUUUUCGAAGCUCUCGGUCUCGAUGACUCUGUUGUCGACCGCUGCUUCACCGGAACUGCGUCUCGUAUCAAGGGUAUGACCUUUGAACUGAUUGCCAAGGACGCUUUCGCAUUCCACGAGAGGGGUUAUCCUUCCCGACCCAUCGUCGAGAUCCCCGGUCUUGCUGAGACUGGUGAAUACCACUGGCGUGACGGAGGCGAGCCUCACGUUAACGACCCAACUGCUAUGGCCAAUAUUCAGGAUGCUGUUCGCACAAAGAACGACAAGUCGUACGAAGCUUACUCCAUUGCUGAGUACGAACGCAUCAAGGACUGCACGCUCCGUGGUUUGCUUGACUUCAGCUUUGAUGACCGCAGCCCUAUUCCCAUCGAUCAAGUGGAGCCCUGGACCGACAUUGUGCGUCGCUUCGUAACUGGUGCUAUGUCUUACGGCUCCAUCUCCAUGGAGUCUCACUCUACCCUUGCUGUCGCCAUGAACCGACUUGGCGGCAAGUCCAACACUGGUGAGGGUGGUGAGGACCCCGAGCGUAGCUUGCGCAUGGAGAACGGUGACACGAUGCGCUCUGCCAUCAAGCAGAUCGCAUCUGGACGCUUCGGUGUCACCUCCAACUACCUUGCCGAUGCCGACGAGCUUCAGAUCAAGAUGGCCCAGGGUGCUAAGCCUGGUGAGGGUGGCGAGCUUCCUGGACACAAGGUGUCAGGUUCCAUCGCGAAAACCCGUCACUCCACUCCUGGUGUCGGUCUCAUUAGCCCGCCACCACAUCACGACAUCUACUCGAUCGAGGAUCUCAAGCAAUUGAUUUACGAUCUGAAGUGCUCCAACCCACGUGCCCGCGUGUCUGUCAAGCUCGUCUCCGAGACUGGUGUUGGUAUUGUCGCUUCUGGUGUCGCCAAGGCCAAGGCUGACCACAUCUUGAUCUCCGGUCACGAUGGUGGUACCGGUGCUUCUAGAUGGACUGGUAUCAAGUAUGCUGGUCUUCCUUGGGAGUUGGGUCUUGCAGAGACUCAUCAGACGCUCGUCCUGAAUGAUCUUCGUGGUCGUGUCAUCGUCCAGACUGACGGUCAACUUCGCACUGGACGUGAUGUCGCCAUUGCCUGUCUACUUGGAGCCGAGGAGUGGGGCUUUGCUACAACGCCACUGAUCGCUAUGGGCUGUAUCAUGAUGCGCAAGUGUCAUUUGAACACUUGCCCCGUAGGUAUCGCCACCCAGGACCCCGAGCUCAGGAAGAAGUUCUCUGGUACGCCAGAGCACGUUAUCAACUUCUUCUACUACAUUGCCAAUGAGCUCCGAGCCAUCAUGGCUAAGCUUGGGUUCCGUACCAUCAACGACAUGGUUGGUCAUUGCGAGGUGCUCCGCAUCCGUGACGAUCUUCGUACCGAGAAGACUGAGAACAUUGAUUUGUCUUUGAUCCUGACCCCUGCGCACACCCUUCGACCUGGCGUUGCCACAUUCAACGUCCGCAAGCAAGACCACCGACUUCACGUUCGCCUUGACAACAAGUUGAUCUCCGAAUCCGAACUUUCUCUUGAGAAGGGCCUGCCCGCGCGCAUUGAAUGCGAUGUUGUCAACACCGACCGUGCUCUUGGUGCUACUCUCUCCUAUCACAUUAGCAAGCGCUAUGGAGAGGCUGGUCUACCGCAGGAUACCAUCCACGUCAACAUCCGUGGUUCCGCUGGUCAAUCCUUUGGUGCUUUCCUGGCCCCUGGUGUCACUCUUGAGCUCGAGGGUGAUGCUAACGACUACGUUGGCAAGGGUCUCUCUGGAGGUCGUCUGAUUGUCUACCCUCCUCGCAAUGCAGUCUAUCGCGCCGAGGAGAAUAUUUUGAUUGGCAACGUCUGCUUGUACGGUGCUACUCGCGGUACUUGCUACUUCCGCGGUAUUGCUGCUGAGCGUUUCUGUGUCCGCAACUCUGGCGCCACAGCUGUCGUUGAGGGUGUUGGCGACCACGGUUGCGAGUACAUGACUGGUGGUCGUGUCCUUGUUCUUGGUUCCACUGGACGUAACUUCGCUGCUGGCAUGUCCGGCGGUAUUGCUUACGUCCUUGACAUCCACCACGACUUCGAGCAGAAAGUCAACCAGGAGAUGGUUGAGCUUUCCGGUAUCGAUGAGCCCGAGGAGAUCGCCUUUGUUCGUGGUCUCAUUGAAGAUCAUCAUCAUUACACCGGAUCCGAGCUCGCCGCCCGCAUUCUCCUCGACUUCACGCGUGCUUUGCCCCGCUUCGUCAAGGUCAUGCCCGUGGAUUACAAGCGUGUGCUUCUCGAGGAGAAGGCCAAGGCAGCUGAGAAGAGGAAGUCGGAAUAUCCUCUCCCGCUCCUCGCCGGCAACCCGGUGCGAACAGCCCACGAAGUAACCCGGAAGACGGAGCACGAAGCGGAGGCUAAGGAGAAGAAGAAGAGCGAUCUUCUCGAUAUCGAGGAGAGCGUUACCGAUGCUAAAGCGGAGAAGAAGAAGGCGCUUGUUCUUGACAAGACGCGCGGUUUCAUGAAGUACCAGCGUCGCUCUGAGAAGUAUCGCAACCCCAAGACACGUACCCGUGACUGGGCCGAACUCUCCCAGCGCUUGAACGAGGACGAGCUCAAGUAUCAGUCCGCCCGCUGCAUGGACUGCGGUGUCCCCUUCUGCCAGUCCGACACUGGUUGCCCGAUUUCAAACAUUAUUCCCAAGUGGAAUGAGUUGGUGUUCCAGGGUCAAUGGCGUGACGCGUUGAAUCGUCUCCUCCAAACUAACAACUUCCCUGAAUUCACUGGUCGUGUUUGCCCCGCUCCUUGCGAGGGUGCUUGCGUGCUUGGCAUCAACGAGGACCCUGUCGGCAUCAAGUCCAUCGAAUGCGCAAUCAUCGAUCGUGGUUUCGAGAAGGGCUGGAUGAUCCCAUCGCCGCCCCAGCACCGCUCUGACAAGACCGUUGCCAUCAUCGGCUCCGGCCCUGCUGGUCUUGCUGCCGCUGACCAGCUCAACAAAGCGGGUCACACUGUGACUGUGUUCGAGCGCGCCGACCGUGUAGGUGGUCUCUUGAUGUACGGAAUCCCGAACAUGAAGCUCGACAAGAAGGUGGUUCAGCGUCGCGUCGACUUCAUGGCCGCCGAGGGCAUCACUUUCAAGACUGGCGUCACUGUUGGCGAAGAGGGUUCGCCCAACCUUGACUCUCUUCGUGCCCAGUACGAUGCAGUUAUCUUUGCUACUGGUGCCACUGUUGCCCGUGACCUCCCAAUUCCCAACCGCAACCUUGAGGGCAUCCAUUACGCCAUGCAGUUCCUACACAAGAACACCAAGUCUCUCCUCGACUCUGACCUGGCCGACGAUGCGUACAUCUCUGCCAAGGACAAGCACGUCAUUGUCAUCGGAGGUGGUGAUACUGGUAACGACUGCAUCGGUACCUCUGUCCGUCACGGUGCGAAAUCCGUUGUCAAUUUCGAGCUACUACCUCAGCCUCCACCAGAGCGUUCUCGCGACAACCCCUGGCCGCAAUGGCCCCGUAUCUUCCGAACGGACUAUGGCCACAACGAAGUCAAGACUCACAUGGGCAAGGAUCCGCGUGAGUAUUGUGUCAUGUCCAAGGACUUUGUCGACGACGGCAGCGGCAAAGUCAAGGGUAUCAACACUGUUCGUGUUGAGUGGACCAAGUCCGCUUCUGGCGGUUGGGACAUGAAGAACGUCGAGGGCAGCGAGCAGUUCUUCCCCGCCGAUAUCGUCCUGCUCUCUAUGGGUUUCUUGGGUCCUGAGCAGCGCGUCAUGAGCGACGUAGUCGAACUUGAUGGGCGCAAAAACAUCAAGACGCCUCCCGGUCACUACAACACCAACCUGCCUGGUGUCUUUGCUGCUGGUGACUGUCGUCGCGGUCAGUCUCUCAUCGUAUGGGGCAUCAACGAGGGUCGCCAGUGCGCUCGUGACGUCGAUUCAUUCCUCACCGGUUACGGAACUUCACUACCUGUUACUGGUGGUAUCGUCAAGCGCCCACCUUAUGAG